GGGUUACUAUAUUUUCUACUUUGUACAAUGACUCAUCGACAUUUUGGGGGAACCCAGCAUUUGGCGUGUACACACGUUCGUGGUCCAAAUUGUGUAAACCUAUGAUAUGGAGUUUCUAGAAAUGUCGAAAUGGGCUGUUAGAUAACAGCAAGAAACAUAAUUAAGUUACAAUCGUUCGUAAGCUUAGGAUUUCCGCGUAAUUUAGAAAAAUGACGUUUUCUAUAUGGAUAAUGUUAUUCCAUUGGAUUUUCCGUGCAGAAUCUGUGCCAAAUGUUCAAUAUGACAUACUUUCAAGAAAAACUGUUCUCAUAUUUGGAGGUAAUGGACUUUUGGGUUCCGCUACCACGGAGCGGUUACUCCGCAGUAAUUUUAACAUCGUGUUGAUUAAUCGGGGGAACUGGUACUGGGAUACCGCGGACACGAUAAAGCCUUUUGUGCGACACUUGAAAUGUGAUCGCAUGCAGUCUUUGCAACGAUGUUCGGGUCUGCAACACUAUAUAUGGAGUCUAGACGCACCGCCUAUGUUUGACGCAGUGAUUGACUUCAGCGCCUAUCAUCCUUUUGAGAUAACGGAAUCUCUAACAUUGCUGCAAGGGAAAAUAAAGCGGUACAUAUACAUAAGCAGCGAUUCAGUCUACGAAGUUUGCAACAAAACACAUACCGGGCUGACCCGUGAAGAAGAUGCCGUAAGACCGAAAGAAGACAAAGAAAGGGAACAGUACAUUCUGAAAGAUGAUUACGGAAAUAGGAAGCUACAGUGUGAGGAGACGUUACGUUCACAGGUUGAUGACGUCACUGGCGUGCCGUUCGUCGCGUUAAGGCUUCCGGAUGUUGUUGGUGCUAGGGAUAAUACACACAGGUGGUGGAUAUACCAGCUAUGGGUGAAACUGUCCGAGUAUAUCGAUAAACCGUUGUCGGUUCCGCAACAUUUGUGGAAUCGGCCAAUGAGCUUAGUUUAUGCUAAUGACGUAGCGGAAGUAAUAGCUAACGUCAUUACAAUGGGACCUCAAGUAAAUGACGAAGCGUUUAAUUUAGCUUUCAAUGAAAUGCCAACGCUUGUAAAUUUCUUGCAUAGUAUUAUGGAUGCCCUUAAUUUGGACGAUAUUGAUAUUCAUGUUGACGAAAGCGUUGAAGCGUUUCAUCUGUUUCCGUCCGUUCGCUUGGGGCCUAUUGACACUUCUAAAUCGAAGAAGCUUUUGAACUGGAACCCGACCUCAUGGCAUGACGUACUGUACGAAACAGUGGCCUUCUACGAAGACGCCGUACGCAACGUCACGUUUCAUAGCGCACGCAAUGACGUAAUCAGAAUUAUACAGCAGCAUUUAACCAGAGAUCCUGCCAAGGUUGUUCGUGGACUUUGGAAUGAAUACAAGGUUAUGCUCGGAGGGAAACACGAUGAAUUGUAACUAAACUGGUGCAAUUGUCUAGUUAUAAAUGUAAUUGGGCAUUAUUAAAAACAAACACGGUA